GCUAGGCGCACAGCUGGGAGCAGGGGGGCAGACACCGCGAGGAGCCCCGCUGCACCUGGCCGCUGCGGAGCCCCUGCGCCGCCCUCAGCCCCGCACCGCGGCCAUGCGGCGGGCGCUGCUGCUCCUGUCCGCCGCCGCCUCGCUCUGCUCAGGUCUGAAAUGUGUGUGCCAGUUGUGUGAGCAUACAAACUUCACCUGCCAAACUGAAGGAGCAUGUUGGGCUUCAGUCAUGCUAACUAAUGGCAAAGAAGAGGUGAUAAAGUCAUGUGUAUCCCUACCGGAACUGAAUGCUCAAGUCUUCUGUCACAGUUCUAAAAACAUUACAAAAACAGAAUGCUGCUACACCGACUUCUGCAACAAUAUAACACUCCACCUGCCUAUAGCUUCAGAAUCUUCAAGGAGACCAAACCUAGGACCUGUGGUGUUGACAGUGAUAGUUACUGUGCCAGUUUGUAUCUUGUCUAUAGCUGUAAUGCUGAUUGUAUAUACAUGUCAAGGCCGUCAUUGUACAUUCGGAAAGAAGAAGCGACAAAAUAUUGAAGAACCUCUAUCUGAGUGCAACCUUGUAAACUCUGGAAAAACUCUUAAAGAUCUUAUUUAUGAUAUGACAACAUCUGGGUCUGGAUCUGGUUUACCUCUACUGGUCCAAAGAACAAUUGCAAGAACAAUUGUUCUUCAAGAAAUAGUAGGAAAAGGCCGAUUUGGUGAAGUCUGGCGUGGAAAAUGGUGUGGGGAAGAUGUAGCUGUGAAAAUCUUCUCCUCGAGGGAUGAAAGGUCUUGGUUUCGUGAGGCAGAAAUCUAUCAGACAAUUAUGCUGAGACAUGAAAACAUCCUGGGUUUCAUUGCUGCUGAUAACAAGGAUAACGGAACUUGGACUCAACUGUGGCUUGUAUCUGAAUACCACGAGCAAGGCUCCUUAUUUGAUUAUUUAAACAGAAAUGCGGUGACCAUUGAUAGUCUGAUUAAGCUGGCACUUUCAAUAGCUAGUGGUCUAGCACACCUUCAUAUGGAGAUAGUUGGUACACAAGGCAAACCAGCUAUUGCACACAGAGAUCUGAAAUCUAAGAACAUCUUAGUGAAAAAAAAUGAAACCUGUGCCAUUGCAGAUUUAGGACUUGCUGUGAGACAUGAUGCUGUAUUGAACACAAUUGACAUACCUCAGAAUCCUAGAGUGGGAACAAAGAGGUACAUGGCUCCUGAAAUACUUGAUGAUGUAAUGAACAUGAGCAUCUUUGAGUCCUUCAAACGUGCAGACAUAUACUCUCUUGGUCUGGUGUACUGGGAGAUAUCACGAAGAUGCUCAAUUGGAGGAAUCAUUGAGGAGUACCAAUUGCCUUAUUAUGAUGUUGUGCCUUCAGAUCCCUCAAUAGAAGAUAUGAGAAGGGUAGUUUGUGAACAGAAACUUAGACCAAAUAUCCCAAACCAGUGGCAAAGUUGUGAGGCACUCCGAAUCAUGGGUAGAAUAAUGCGUGAGUGCUGGUAUGCUAAUGGGACAGCUCGACUGACUGCGCUCCGCAUUAAGAAGACUAUUUCACAGCUCUGUGUACAUGAAGAUUCGAAAGCCUAAAUGGGUGAUUUGUGGGAAGGAGGAAGGAAUCACUCUCCAUCUUUUUACAUGUGAUUUUUUUUUUCUGUCUACCUCACAUAUAUACAGUGCAGUAUUUAAGUGCCCAAACCACAGCACUGAAAAAUAACUUCAUAGUUGACUACAACCAGCUGCAGCUUUUAGUUGGUUUUGCUGUUUUUAUA